UCUUUCUUUCUUUCUUUCUUUCUUUCUUUCUUUCUUUCUCACUUUAUAUUUCUAUUAUAUAUAUUUUUUUACCCGAACAAAAUAUGGCACUGUUUGACGAGAAGGACGAGGCUCUAGUAAAGACCUUCCUCUUCAACAAAAUUGAGAAAGAGUGCGAUGCCGACCCCAGCAUAAUGGCUGACUACAUCCUGGUUACACUGCAGAAUGACAUGAGCGAGGCCGAGCUAAAAGACCACUGCAAAACCGACCUCAUCGAGUUUUUCGGCGACCAAACAGACGCCUUUGUGGAGACGCUUUUUGACGCGCUCAGCGCGAAAAAGUACCUUCCAGCCUCAGCUACUAUCGCAGCCCCUUCAGCACUUCAGGCGGAGUUUUCGGUGCGGGGAUCUUCCGAGCGGCACCAGGGCACACAGCGCGGUAGUUCGUCCGACAGACGGUCUCCAGAUAGGAGCAACGGCAGGAAACGCAGCAGGAGCCCGUCGGCACGCCACAGCCGGUACGGUGAUAGGGACAGAAGGAGUCCCGAUAGAAGGAGGAGUCCUGACAGGAGGAGGAGCCCGGAAAGGCGGAGAAGCCCUGAAAGGCGGAGACCGGCUAGGGAGCACCGCGAUAUUGAUAUUGACCUGCUCAAUGGCCCCUUGCAACCCGCUAAUGAUCGGAAGCAAUCGGCACCGAACAAUUUCCCUGGCAACCAGCAGAGAGUCGGGGCGAUGCCCCAGCAGCAGCAACAACACCAGAACCAGAACCAGAACCAGAACCAGAACCAGAACCAGAACCAGCAGGACUUUCAACAGAACGUUCAGCCGCAGCCGCAGCAGCAGCAGCAGAGGCAGCUUCGUCCGUGCUACGACUUUAUGCGUAAGGGCAGCUGCCAGCGCGGUGACUCUUGCAGGUUUGCUCACGUCACGGCCGAGCAGGCAAAGAUGAUGGGCCAGGCGCAGGGCCCGGGCUCGAACCAAAUGCCGUUCAUGCCCCCUGGCAUGCGCCCGCCAUUCAUGAUGCCUCUGGGCAACGCACUCCCACAGCAGCAACAACAGAAGCAGCAGCAGCAGCAGUACCGCCAGGGCAGCUACCCGAUGCAGAUGCAGCCGCCAAUGAUGCAGCAGCCUCAGCAGCAACAUAAGCAGCAAGGGGCCCACGACAUGCAGCCAAUGUCACAGACGGCUGUUUUUGUCAACAACAUCCCUGACGAAUCAUUGUCAGAGCCUGCUGUGCGCGCAUUCUUCUCCAAGUUUGGAACAGUGACGGAGGCACGGAUCGACUACCACAAGCACAACGCCAUUGUCGACUUUGCCGAGCCCUCAGCGCAGUACCAGGCGCUGAACAGCCCAGACGCUAUUUUUAAUAACCGCUUUGUGCGCGCCCACCCGGCCAGACUCAGCCUCACAUCCGCCGGCGAUCCCACCCUGGCCGCUGCCGCCGCCGCACAGCAGCAGCACCAGCACGGCUCAGCACAGCCAGCAGCAGCAGCAGCAGCAGCAACCCAGGCACAGGCCCAACAAGCGGCAGCCCUCGGUGGUGCUGCGGCCCCACCAGUGUGGAAGCCAAAGUCAGCGGCUAUCAAGAUGGCAGAGAUGAUCGAAAAGUACGUGGAGCAACAGAAGGAGCUGAUGAAGAAGCUGACGACGACCAAGGACAUGUCGCCGCAGACACGCAAGAUCAUCAUGGACUCGAUCACCCAGAUCCAGCAGAAAAUGAACGAUAUCCGCAAGCCCAAGCCAGCGCCAACGGCAGCAGCAGCAGCAGCA